UGUGCGUCCGGGUUGGGUCGGCCCCAGCGGGCGGUUUCCUCUCCCUCCCCUCCGUCUACUCUUCCCUGCGCCCCUGCACCGCCGUGCCCUCGGAGGGAGCGCCGCCCGCUCCGUGAGGGAAUCAGUAGUUUCCUGAAUAAACCAGAGAGUCACCUGAGACGCAAAGAUGUUGGAAGAAGAUAUGGAGGUGGCCAUCAAGGUGGUAGUAGUAGGAAAUGGAGCUGUUGGGAAGUCCAGUAUGAUUCAGCGAUAUUGCAAGGGGAUUUUUACAAAAGACUACAAGAAAACUAUUGGUGUAGAUUUCCUGGAAAGACAGAUCCAAGUUAAUGGUGAAGAUGUCAGGCUAAUGUUAUGGGACACUGCAGGUCAAGAGGAAUUUGAUGCAAUAACUAAGGCCUACUAUAGAGGAGCCCAGGCUUGUGUUCUUGUGUUUUCUACAACUGACAGAGAGUCCUUCAAAGCAAUCCCCACCUGGAAGCAAAAAGUUGUGACUGAAGUUGGAGACGUUCCCACAGUUCUUGUGCAGAAUAAGAUUGAUCUUCUUGAUGACUCUUGCAUAAAGAAUGAGGAGGCGGAAGCGCUGGCAAAGAAGCUGAAGGUGCGGUUCUACCGAGCGUCGGUCAAGGAAGACCUGAACGUGAGCGAAGUUUUUAAGUAUUUGGCUGAUAAAUAUCUUCAAAAGCUCAAGCAACAAACAGCAGAAGAUUCAGAAAUAGUACAUACAAGCAGUAACAAGAUUGGUGUUUUUAAUACAGCUGGUGGAAGCCACCCCAACCAGAAUUCUAGCACUCUUAAUGGUGGAGGUGUCAUCAACCUUAAACCCAACAAACAGAGGACCAAGAAAAACAGAAGUCCUUUUAGCAACUGCAGUAUACCUUAGACCACUUUUGGAGGAAAUUAAGCAGCUCAGAGAAUUGGAUGAAGUUGUGCAAUUGACUACAGAAUAAAGCCAGCUGUAGAGGUAUUUUUACCGGUGCUUUAGCAAAUCUUGUGCCUCCUAGACAGAGGGUGGAUUUUGAUGAACUUGCUGACGCCGUGGGUUUGUUGUGUGCCGUGAGACACCUGGUGGUGACACACAGAACCGUGGCUGCCUCGUGCACUUUGUACAGAUUGGGUGAGCUUUUCCUUUCUCAAGGAAUUACUUACAGAGCUAUGAACUAGGUAUUGCUGAAUUGCAAAGCACAUUUAAUGUAAGGAUAAUACUUACACGUAUAGGUACGGACUGUAACCCUAUGGCCCAAGGUAAUGUAGCAACCUUGAAACUAAAUUUCAAAGAAAAUAUUAGAAUUGGUUAGUCAGGACACUUAACAAGAUAAAUGAAGAGCAAAAAAACACUACUUCAUUUUAUGCCUGACCACAUUAAUAUUCUGCCAGG